AUGAGAUCGUUAGCUUCUUUUAUGUUGCUAAAUGUUUUUCUUUUGAUUUAUAUUGUUUCGCCAAUUCAAGGCGGCUCGGAUUCAAGAAAGCUUGAUGAAACCACUGUGCCUGGUGCUGGUGGACCAACGGAUGAGAAGUGUGCCCCAUGUACUUCAGAUCCUCCUCCACCACCAUCACCACCACCACCAUGUCCUCCUCCGCCGGCGUUGCCACCACCGCCUCCUAAGAAACCGCCAUCAAGUAACAACUGCCCUCCGCCUCCAUCUAAUUUUAUAUACAUCACUGGUCCACCGGGGAACUUGUACCCUGUUGUCAAUGAUUUUAGCCGCGGUGGACGAGCUACGCCGACGCCGGCAGUUUCGAUCGGAUUUGGGUUUCUAGUAUUUUUGUUAAGAUUUGGGCUUUAA